CGACGACCUCUCGUAAGGGAAUGUGCUGACGUCUACAAGGGCGGGGAUCCCACCAAAAAUAAGAACUGCGACAAAUGCUGCAAGAAGGCUGCUCACCUCGCUGGGAUGAGCGAGAGAGAAAUCCUUGGAAUGAUGCUGAUUAUGGACAAGAAGCCGAAAUGUUCCUGCUGUGCACCGUACAGCGCUUUUGAGAGGUUCCUAGCCGUGCCAGUGCAGUUUGCUGCCUUCCAACCACCUCUUCAGCCACCAGUCAGCUAUCAACAGCCAGCUUAUUCAACAAACAACAACCAACCCACCGGAUACUGA